CCCCCUCUCUCCCUCUCUCCUCCCGCCGCUCCCCCCUGCUCUCCGAUGCCGCGCCCUGCCGCCGCCCGGCCCACCGCUUUGCCGCCCAGCCCGCUCCUGCAGGAUCCAGAUCCGGUGCGGGGGCGCGGCUCGGAGUGGGAGCGACAGCAAGCUCCUGCGCGGCUCCGGCAGUGGCACGAGGGCGCGGUGACGGGGCCAGGGCUCUCCCGCCGGCGCACGUGCGGGGGGCGGCGUGCCGCGGCUGCCGGCGGCCCGGCGCGGGGGAGCGACACGCAGCUCCGGCUCUGGCUUGAGGGCUCGCCGGCGGGCCGGGCUCGGCCGGGGCGACAAUGCGGUUCGUUGGCGAGCGCAGCGUGCGUGCCGCCAUGGUCUGGGACUGGAGGUUGGAGGAGGACGGCGAGGUGCUGGACAACAGCUCGGCUAGGUGGUCACCGAAGGUGUCGAUCUCGAUCUCGGCCUCGGCGGUGGCGGAAAGGACUGAGAGUAUGCCGGCGGGGCCGGGGCCUACUUCUCGGGCUACGGAGGCCUCCUACGUGGAGCUUGUUGGGUCCGGCGGGAAGGUGGGCAGGUUCCACGCCAACAGCCAGCAGAAGCCGUUCGCGCAAGCGGAGCUGCAGAGCCCCCCACCGUGCAUCUGCAGCUUCCGUGCCCCCCUGCUCCUUCCUGCUCCCUAUUGUUGGCGCCAUCAACCUCCCAUGGACGACGCCCUCAUUGUGUUCGAUCAAAUGGGCAUAAAGGUUCUUUUUUCCUACUGCAAGGUAAGUUACGGCAGGGUUGCAGAAAUUGUACUCAACUUUGGCCACAAAUGGUUUGCCUUAAUCAAUACCUAAUAUCUGCUCUCAUGAAAGAUGGCCCUGACAGCACUAUGUCAAGGGACCUUGGAUACAGGUAGAAUCUGACACCAUGAGCUAAUUUAUCUAUUUCUUAAAUCUAGAUACUCUUUCAGUUGAGAUAUGUUCUUACUCUUUAGAUUAACUUCUAACAGUACGGUCCCUUCAGAUGUUCUGCCUUUCUUUUAACUCUGUGCCAACCUCUAAGUUCUGUUAGUUUGUGCUUGAGUUAGGUGUAGGUUUGCUCAUAGUGCUUCCAUGGUAUUUUGUUGAGGUUGUCUCAACUCAUUUUUCCUGUUUCGUUGUGUUGUUAUAGCAUUAUUUUCUUUUAUGAUGAGCUCACUUGCCAUUUUCAUCAGUAUUUUCAUGCAAGCAUUUAACAUUCUAUCCAGACUCACGUGGUGUUCUUAUAUUUGAUCUUAGACCUCUUGAGAGAUGGAGAUGCAGGUCAGCCCAUUAUUCCAGCGUAGGUAGUAGGUCUUAUCAUUUGUUCUUUUAACUAAGCAGUGUGCAAGAUUGAUGAGGACAUCACUGCCAUUGAUACAACCACAACGACAGCCCCUUCACCACUUACAGCGGAACCAGGACCAAUGACACGGGCCCGUGCACGUGAACUUAAUUAUCAGGUGAACUCAUUCCUAGCUGUUCAAAUUAAUUCUUCCUCAAAUGGAGUACUAUUAAAGCCUUGUGAUGACUUUAUUAUUCUUAGGUGCUUGGGAGUUGAACCAGCUAGGAGUGGAGAAUGGAACAAUGCAAUUAAAGCUGCUAAACCUGAAGGGACUUUCGUAACUGCAGCAAGUACCAGUUUCAAGGGGCCAUAUCUUUCAACUCCCAAGGUUGUUUAAAGCAAAUAAAUGCUUGUUGGAAAGAUCUCUUCGUGUACUUUCCAAUGGAUCAAGAAUCAAUGGCAGAUCAAAUACGAAACGUCCAGAAACUCCUGAGGAAGCCUUGUGACUACAUCCUGUGUAUCUAGUAUUCCUUUCUAUUUAAGCAAGUGGUAGCCACAAAAAGAACUUGGGUUUUGUUUGAUGUAAGUUAGCUGCUGCUACUUCCUUGUAAACGCGUGUGUUGGCUAGACCACCCGAAUACUUGUACCAGAACCCCACCUUCUAUCGAAUUCGUGAGUGAAUUCGUGAGUGUUUGCUUGUUA